AUGAAUUCAAUUAAGCCACAUGGCUUGUGCGAUUCAUGUUACACGAUUCAAUUAGAUGGGUUACCUGAUAAGGAACUGCAGGUUCACAACUGCUGGCUCUUCUUUCCAUUCCAUCGUUGGUACCUGUAUUUCUUCGAGAGAAUACUCGGAAAGUUGAUUAAUGAUCCAACUUUUGGCUUACCCUACUGGAACUGGGACAAUCCCAGUGGCAUGAGUAUGCCGGGAUUCUUUGAAGGGAAAACUCUGCCCAGCAACGAUCCAGCAAUAAGUCCACCACUAAACCCUGCCUUUGACGCUUUUCGGAACGUGGAUCAUCUCCCACCAGCCAUCCUCGACAUCGACUACAAUAACACUGCCAGUGCCGAUUUUACUUGCGUACAACAGAUAGGCUCAAACCUGAGUUUAAUGUAUAAGCAGAUGAUCACCAACUCCCCUAACUCAGAAACCUUCUUUGGUGGGAAGUUCAUAGCUGGAGAUGAUCCUAUUUCUAUACAGAAUUCUAAAGGGCCAAUGGAGUCCGGUGUUCACACGGCGGCGCACAUAUGGGUUGGUAACCCCAGAAUGCCAAAUAAUGAGGACAUGGGGAACUUCUACUCAUUAGGAUGGGACCCUCUUUUCUACACCCAUCAUGCCAAUGUCGACCGUAUGUGGAAAAUAUGGAAGGACUUGAAGGGACCCGAUUACCCUGACCACACCGAACCUACAGACCCUGAUUGGCUGAACGCAUCAUACGUGUUUUACGACGAGAACAAAGAGCUUGUACGUGUCUACAAUAAAGACUGUGUGCAGAUGGAGAAGUUUGUCAAGUUUGAUGUGUUUGUAAAUGACCUUGACGACGGUACCCCAUGCAGUCCACAAGACAGUGAGUUUGCAGGUAGUUUCUCGCAGGUGGCACAUUUGCGAGGGCACAAAAUGUUGAUGACGAGUGGGGUAAAGUUCGGGUUGAAUGAGCUGUUGGACGACAUAGAAACCGAGGCUGAUGAAUACAUUUUGUUGACACUGGUACCAAGGGACGGGUGCCAGGAAGUCACCAUUGGAGAGAUCAAGAUUGAGUUGGUUCCAUCAAGUGCAAAUUCAGGAUGAUUGAUCGGUGCCAACCGACAUUAUCUAAUC